CCAGAAGAACAUGGAGGACAGAAAGAACACUGAAAAAACUACAUUUAAAUGCUCUCUCUGUGAUUUUACCUCUCGUUAUGACUACUAUGGAAGAAAUCCACCAUUUAGCAAGUCAAUAGUAUUGUUAGAAGAUGCCUAUUUGAUUCAAGACCCUUUUUCUCCCACACAGAGUCAUCUUACAAUAGGAUCAAAUUGUACACUGUGUUCUGCUGAUGUUUGUGUGGGACAGAACUGUAGUAUAUUCUACACAAAGAGGUUUUGCAUUCCAUGUGUGAAGAAAAAUAUAACAGAGUUUCCCGAUGAAAUUAAGACUGAACUCAACAAAAGGUAAAAGACUUGUUUCAAAAUUCAGGUACGAAAUUCUAAACCAAUAUGAUGUAGAAUGAUUUCACAUUUAAUCCGUGAAAAAAUAGUACGCACACUAGUUAGUGGUGGACUAUACACCCAUUGUUUUUAUUAUUAUUAUUAUUAUUAUUAUUAUUAUUAUUAUUUAUUUUUGUUUGUUUGUAGGUUUUGUUCAUUUAUUUAUUUUAUUUUAUUUUAUUUUUUUCAACUAGUACUAACUAAAUAGUCAUUUUUCUUUCACGGGUUAAAUGAAAUCACUGUACAUACCUCGGUGGAGUACUUGUUUGUUAGUGGGGAUGGCGAUGGAUUGCUUGUGUUUUUAAAAAAGAACGUUAAUAAACCCACGAUUAAACUGAGAACGAACAAACGAAAGGACAAAUGAAUGAAUAAACAAAUGGUGGAAAAA